AUGGGUCAUGAAAUUGUUCGCCGCCAAUCUCAGGCAGAUCCUGGCAGACAGAGUAGGUUGUGGCUUACUAAUGACAUCAUUCGGGUAUUGAAGAACAAUAGUGAUCGAAGGCAUAGUCCUACACUCUCCUCCAAAAAAAGAACUACACCUGAAUUCUGGCGUCUUCUCGAAGAUGAAGAACUUAUGGUUGCUCAAGAUCAUAGCCACAUCCAGCAAUUGUGGCAGGGAACUAAGAAGCUAGAGCAUGUUGACCUUAGUGACUCUCAAUACUUGGUGGAGAACCCGGACUUCACUAAUGCCCCAAAUCUUAAGACGCUGAUUCUUCAAGGCUGUACAAAAUUGCGUAAUCUCCACUCAUCAGUUGGAGCUCUAAAACGCCUUAUUUUUCUGAAUUUGAAAGGUUGCACAUCUCUUACUAGCCUUCCCUGUAACAUUAGCUGGGAUUCCUUAGAAAUUUUGAUUCUUUCUGGCUGUACGAGACUCUGGAAGUUUCCAGAAACGAUGGGAAAUAUCAAUCAUUUGAGGCAACUUAGUUUGGAUGGGAUUGCAUUAUUAGAACUUCCAUCAUCAAUUGGGCAUUUAACUGGCCUUUCUUAUUUGAGUUUGAGAGGCUGCAAAAGCCUCUUGAGUCUUCCGAGUGCUAUUUGUGGUUUGACAUCUCUUAAAACUCUUGUUCUCUGUGGUUGUUCACAACUUGAGGAAAUGCCCGAGGGAGUAGGGAAUUUGGAACAUCUAGAGGAGCUCGAUAUAAGUGAAACCGCUAUAAGGCAAUUUCCAUCGUCCAUUACACGUCUACAAAAUCUUAAAAGGUUGUCCUUCCUAGGAUGUUCUAAUCUGCCACCUAAGUCGAUGUUCAAACGAUUUGUAACUUGGUUUAGGGGGAACCUCGACAUUGGUUUGGUAUUGCCUACUUCGUUGUCAAGUACUCUAUGCAGCUUGGAGAGAUUAAGCUUGAGUUAUUGCCAUUUAGUGGAUGGAGCAAUUCCCAGUGACCUAAGUGCAUUGUCAUCACUGCUAGUUCUAGAUCUAAGUGGAAAUGAUUUCACGCUCUUACCUGAAAGCAUCUCUCAACUUUCGAAGCUUAGCGUUAUUUUGUUGAGUCGCUGUAGCCAGCUUCAAUCAGUGUCAGAUCUUCCGUCAAGUUUAGUAUACGUUAAUGCUCUAGAUUGCACACAUUGUUUUUUCCAGAGGCAUCUCGGGUGGUUCAAGAGGAGCAAGAAUUCCAACGUGGUUCCAGAAUCAGAGUAUGGGUUCCUUGAAUACAAUCUGGUUGCAUCCUGA